AAAUAAUUUGAGGAACCAUGGCGGAAGAACCCGAACCCGAAAUCGACUAUUCAGCAUGGAAGGGCAAUAUGGCCGCUACGUGGGAGGAUUCCUGCAAGUACUUGUACGCUCCUACAAAUAACAACAAGUCUAAUGACUUCGCCGGUAAGAAGAUGGCCUGGCUUCCAGUGCCCGGUGAUGAUGGGUUCGCCAAGAUCGAGAUCUUGAAACAAGAAGGAGAUGACUGCCAGAUUAAUCUGGUCGAAACCAACGAGAAACGAACAGUCAACAUCAACGAAUGCCAGCCAAUGAACCCCCCUAAGUUCGAGAUGUGUACCGACAUGUCUCUGCUCUCUUACCUUAACGAAGGAGGUCUCCUCCAUAACUUGAAGACCAGAUACGUCGCCAACGUUAUCUACACCUACUCCGGUCUUUUCUGUGUCGCUAUUAAUCCCUACAAGAGAUUCCCUAUCUACACAGAUGUUGUGAUCGCCAACUACCGUGGAAAGAAGAGGACAGAAUUACCUCCUCACGUCUUCGCUAUUGCUGAUAACGCUUACUCUGACAUGAUCCAAAACAGGGAGAACCAGUCUAUCCUGAUUACUGGUGAAUCUGGUGCGGGAAAAACCGAGAACACGAAGAAAGUCAUCCAGUACUUCGCCAGUAUUGGAGCCACUGCCGGUAGUGGUGCAGAUAAGAAAAUGUCCGUCGAAGACCAAGUUGUCAUGUGUAACCCCGUCCUUGAGGCCUACGGUAACGCCAAGACCGUCCGAAACGACAACUCUUCUCGAUUCGGUAAAUUCAUCCGAGUUCAUUUCGGUAAGGACGCCAAGUUGGCUUCUGCCGAUAUCGAGUACUACCUGCUGGAGAAGGCUCGUCUCACCUACCAGAACCCCGAGGAGAGGAACUUCCAUAUCUUCUACCAGAUCUUCAAGGGUACCCCCAAGGAGAUGCAGACCUCAGAUUUCCUGCUCGACCCUGACGCAAACAACUACAAGUUCCUGAGUAACGGAGAUGUACAAGUACCUUCACAGGACGACGUUGAAUUGUGGAAGGAGAACGAAGAGGCUAUGGUUAUCCUCAACUUCUCCGACGACGAGAAAUACUCCAUCCUCAAACUCAUGUCCGCUUGUCUACUCUUCGGAAACAUCAACCUGAAGCAGAACAAGAGAGAUGAAGGUUGCGAGAUCGAGAAUCCAGUCUACAUUGAGAAGACAGCUGCUCUUCUUCAGAUCCCCGCUGCUGAAUUCCAGAAGUGCCUCCUCAAACCCAGAGUAAAGGUCGGAUCCGAGAUGGUCACCAAGUCCCAGAACUCUGACCAGGUCUACUUCGCCACCAAGGCUCUGUGUAAGGCUAUCUUCGAGCGUGUGUUCAAGUGGCUGAUCGGAAAGUGUAACAAGGCUCUUGAUACCAAGAAACCUAGGGCUAACUUCUGUGGUGUCUUGGAUAUUGCUGGAUUCGAGAUCUUCGACUUCAACACAUUCGAGCAGCUGUGUAUUAACUUGACCAACGAGAGACUGCAACAGUUCUUCAACCACCACAUGUUCAUCCUAGAACAGGAAGAAUACAAGAAGGAAGGAAUUGUCUGGGCGUUCAUUGACUUCGGUCUUGAUCUGGAACGUUCCAUUGAACUUAUGGAGAAGCCAAUGGGAAUCUUGCCUAUGUUGGACGAGGAAUGCAUGUUCCCCAAGGCUACUGAUACUACCUACAAGGAUAAGGUCAUCCAGCAGCAUAACAAGAAGCACCCCAAGUUCUCUACACCAUCCAUGAAGUCCAUCAAGGGAAUGGAUAACCCACCCCAUUUCAACAUUCACCAUUACGCUGGUGUUGUCGGAUACAAUGUUGGUGAUUGGUUGACCAAGAACUCCGAUCCUCUCAACGACAAUUGUCUGGAUCUGUUCAGAAAAUCUGCUAUGCCCUUCAUGGCUGAGCUGUUCGCUGAUUGUGUCCCCGCUGGACCCAAGGAAAGGAAGAAGACUUUCCAGACCAUGGCUAUGAUGCACAGGAAGUCCCUGAACUCUCUCAUGGGAAUGUUGCACGCAACCUACCCUCAUUUCAUCCGUUGUCUGGUACCUAACGAGACCAAGACCCCCGGAAAGGUCCAGGCUGAACUUAUCCUUCAUCAGCUCAGGUGUAAUGGUGUACUUGAAGGUAUCCGUAUUGUGCGAGCUGGAUUCCCCAACAGGAUUGCCUACGCCGACUUCGUACAGCGAUACAAGAUCCUGGCCGCUUCAGCCAUCCCUGCUGGCUUCAUCGAGGCCAAAGAAGCUUCUCAGCUUAUCAUCACUCAUCUUGAGCUUACUGAUGACCAAGCUAAAUUCGGAAACACCAAGGUCUUCUUCCGUUGUGGAAUCUUGGGAACACUUGAGGAUUUGCGUGACGAGAAGAUUACCCAGAUCCUCUCUGCCUUCCAGGCUCUCACUCGUGGAUGGAUUGCCCGCAAGAUCUACAUGAAGCUUAUGGAACAGAGGGUUGGAGUUGUUGUCCUGCAGAGAAACAUCCGUCAGCACUUCGUCCUGAGGAACUGGCCGUGGUGGAAGCUUUUCACCAAGGUCAAACCUCUCCUGUCCAUCGCCCGUCAGGAGGACGAGAUCAGAGAAAAGGAGGAAGAGAUGAAGAAAGCCAUGGAAGAAGCCGCUGCAACGGCCGUUGCCAAGAAGGAGCUCGAAGAGAAAUACGAGAAACUUGAGGAAGAGAGGAUGAAGAUCCAAGCUGAGCUGGAGAGGGAGAGACAGGCAGCUAUUGAUGCUGAGGAACUUGUCUUCAAACUUGAAGGUAAACAGCAGGAGCUCGAGGAGGAGAACAAUGAGUUGAUCGACAGAAUUGAAGAGGAAGAGGAGAACAACUUCAUCGUCGCUGAGAACAAAAGGGGAGUUGAAGCUGAACUCAUCGGAGUCCAGGAAGAACUUGCCGCUCUUGGCGAAAGGCUCAAGAACGCCGGUGGUGAUAUCCAAGGAAAAGAAGCAGAACUCAAGGAAAAAAAUAACGAGUUGACCAGAAAGGACGAGGAGAUCAAGAAACUGGAUACCAAAUUGAAUGAUACCGCAAAGAGACUGGGAGAGACCGAAUCCAUGCUGGCCGCUGCUCAAGAAAAGGGACAGCGUCUUGACAAGGAGAAGAAGAGGGUUGAGAGUGAGCUUGGUGAGACCAAAGUGGAUCUUGACAAGGAAAAGAGAGCCAAGGCAGAUCUGGACAAGAACCUGAGAAAGAAGGACGCUGAAUGCAAGGAAGUCCUCGGACAACUUGAUGACAUGACUAGACAGAAGACCGAGUCUGAGGACACCGUCAGAAGGAAGGAAAGUGAAAUUUCCGGCCUACAGGCAGCUGUUGAAGCUGAACAGAACAACGUUACUAAAUGCCAGAGACAGAUUAAAGAUCUCGGACAGAAGAACAAGGACAUUGAGGAUGAGCUCGAUAACGAGCGAAACCAGAAGCAGAGACUUGAAAAGGCAAGAAACGAGCUUGAAGCCCAGAUCGCCGCCUACGAGGAUCAGAUUGAGGAGGCCGGUGGAGCUAACAGCGCUGCCACUGAGUUGUGCCGACGUCGUGAGGAGGAGAUCGCCAAGCUCCGAAAGGAUAAGGAAGGAGCUGAACUCGAAGCUCAAGAACAGGCCGAUGCUUCUAAGAGGAAGUUCAACGAUGUCCAGAACCAACUUGAGGAUGCUGAGGAUAUGCUCAGGAAAUACAAAGCCAAGGCUGAAAAAGAAAAGAAGGCCUUCAUGUCCGAAAUGAAUGACCUCAACGAGCAGGUCGACAACUUGGCCAAGGCCAAGGCCACCUCCGACAAGAACGCCGGUGGCCUUGACGCUUCUCUCGCAGAGGCCAACGCCCGUAUUGCUGCACUCGAGGCCUCUCUUAGAGAGCUGACCGACAAGUACAACAAGCUGGUCAAGGACAACAACGCCACAGUCGGCAGACUGGAAGAGGCUGAGGCCAGAGAGGCCAACCUCGCCAAGCAGAAGAAGGUUCUCAGUGCCCAGAUUGAUGACCUGAAGAACCAGCUUGAGGACGAGAGCGCCCAGAAGAACCAGCUCAUCAACCAGCUGCGUGCCGCCACUGCUGACCUUUCGGCCGCCAGAGACGACCUUGAGAUUAUCAACGCCGAGAAGAACGAUCUUGGCAGGAACCUAACUAACGCUCAGAACGAGAUUCAGUCUUGGAAGAGCCGACUCGAGGCCGAAGCUCUGCCCAAGAUCGAUGAGCUUGAGGCUGAGAAGAGGAAACUCCUUGCCCGAAUCCAGGAGGCUGAAGACCGAGCUGAUGAGGCUAUGUCAAAGUGCAACAACCUGGACAAGAUGAGGACUCGUCUUAUGCACGAACUCGAAGAUUCUGGUGUUGAGCUAGAGAGGACUAGGUCUGAACUGGCCGCCCUUGACAAGAAGUGCAAGAAGAUCGACAUGAUCGUCUUGGAAUGGAAGAGCAAGUACGACUCUGCCAGCAGCCAUGUCGAGUCUCUCACCAUUGAACUCCAGAAAUCCAACACUAACGUCCUGAACAUGAAAUCCACAUGUGAGGAGUACACCGUUACCAUCGAGAACCAUAGCCGAUCUCUCAAGAAAUACGAGGCUGACAUCAGAGACUUGAACGCCGAGCUUGAGGGAGGACGCAACAGCCACGAGCUGGAGAAGAUCCGCCGCAAACUCGAGGGAGAGAACGAUGAGCUGAGACAGCACAUUGACGAGCUCGAGAUCCUUGUCUCCUCAAGCGAGAGCAAGUGCACCAAGCUCACUCUGGAGAUCGCCACCAUCCGUAACUCAUACGAGAGACAGCUGGCUGACGCUGAUGAAGAGGGAGAGAAGGCCCGUAAGGGACUCCUCCGACAGGUCGAACAGCUCAAGAUGCAGCUCGAAGACCAAGAGAAGGCUAAGGCUGAUAUCCUCAAGGUGAAGAAGAACCUCGAGAUUGAAGUUGGAAACCUCAACGAGGACCUCGGAAACGCCGACAAGACCAUUGCCGCUCUGAACGCCAACAUUGGAAAGCACCAGAAGACCGUCCAGGAGAUGACCAUGGCUCUUGAUGAGGCUCACCGUGCUCUCGAUGACCACAAGACCGCCCUUGUCCGCUCAGACAAGCGAUGCAGUGAACUGACUCACAUUAAGGAGGAGCUCGAGGGCAACCUUGAUGGAGCUGAUCGUGCACGCCGAAACGCUGAGGGUGAGAAGUCCGAGAUGGCAGCACACAUUGCUGAUCUUGAACGACAGAUUGCCACUAUCUCCAACCAGAAGAGGAAGGCUGAGGUUGAUCUUGCUGGACUCCGAGAGUCUCUCGAAGAGUUCGAGUCUCAAGCUAUGUCUGCUGAGGAGAAGGUGAAGAGACACGCUGAUAUGGUUUCUAAACUUCAGUCUGACCUUACCCGUGAGGCUGAUGCUCGUGCUGGAUUUGAACGUGUAAACGCCAAACUCAACAGUGACAUCUUCAGCCUGAACGCAAGGAUCGAGGAAGUAGAAUCAUCUGCUCGCUCUGCCGCCAAGAACAAGAUCAGCCAGCUGGAGAUCAAGAUCAGACAGCUGGAGAACGACUGCUCUUCUGAGGCCAAGGCCCGAGGUGAUGCUCAACAUGCUCUGAAGAACCUUGACCGAGUUAUCCGUGAGAAGGAAUUCAACUCUGAUGAGGACAUGAAGACCAUCCAGAGACUCCAGGGACAGAUCGAGUUCCAGAACAACAAGAUGAAGGCUCUCCGACGAACCAUCGAUGAUGGCGAAGCUCAGAUUGCUGUUAUGCAGAACAAACUUCGCAAGGCUAUCCAUGACGUAGAAGAGGCUGAGGAGAGGUCCGCAAUGUUGGAGACCCAGCUCGUCAGGGGUGGAAGAUCUGGAGGUAGCUCCAGCACCCGCAUCACUACUCGCCGUGUGUUCUCAUCCUCCAUUGGACCAUCCACCACCGUUCGUCGCAGCUCUGUUACCCAAAGCUCCAAUGCUGCUGCAGCAGAGUAGAGCUAUCGACGUCAAACGAGAGGAGGAGGAAUAGACUGAUAAUGAUAACUUACCACUGAUAUCAAUAAUAAUAUCAGUGGUAUUACCCCUGGUUGACGGACUAUGAUUAUGUGGAUAAUAAAAUUGAUUCUUGGACUAGACGAAUUCUGAAUUAGGACUAUAGACUGAAAUUUUUGAGAGAACUUCUGUUUUUUGUAUAAUAUUUUGUAAACAUGAUGAUUUUUGACGAGUUUUCUAGAGAAUUCCCCUUUUAUACCCCCAUAUUCGCGGGAAAGGGUUUAAAUCUUGCUAUUAUUCCUUGAUUUUAUUAUUAUAUACUUAUCAAUGUGAACCAAACUGACGCAAACUUAGAAAUGAUAUAA